CUCCAAUCUCCAUCAUCAGAUUUGGCAGAGUCCAAAUUUGAAGCAAUAAUGGAAAAGGGGAAUUGGGGAAGAACAAAAUUAAGAGAGGGGAGAAGGCAGGAGUAAGAGAAGGUCCACGCAACGUAACAAACCAAACCCCGCGACUGCGAAUUGAACGCCUCAUGCUCUCUCUCAAUUUCUCGUUUGAUUCGUCUGCCGCUGUGUAAAAUCCUCCAUCAUCGACCAUCGCCGUAGCUCCGUAGAGGGAAACUCAAGCUCUCGGGGCGCAGCGAUGAUUACUCGAUCGAAUCUGGUUGAGCAGUUGAGGGAAUACCAGAUUCGAUCCAAGCACGAGUGGGCUUCCGUCUCCUUCUUCUCCUCCACCUCCAAUAUUACAUCCUCAAGGGUGGAUGUUGUUAUUUUUGUAAUAUGGGAACUCAUAAUUCUAGCCUUCUUGGUGUUUUCGGCGGUUUCUUUAUAUUUUCGGCAUAUGCAGUUGGCUUUUAUUUUAGUAUGCAUCACAAUGUUGUUGCUUCUAUGCAUGAAAGUUACAAAGCAAGUGAGAUUGGCUAGGAAGAAGAAAAGAAGGAUGCUUCUUCCAUUGUCCAUGUGAUAAAACUGAUAGUAGAAGGAGAGAUAUACUACUCAAGUUUUCUUUUUUUUUUUUUUAUGUUCUAAAUGCACUGAAUUAUAUUAUAUUCACGAAAAUUAGAUUUGGUCAUUUCUCCUCCCUCCCCUCUUUGUUAUAUUGGGAUCUGUAAUGACAGGAAAGCUGCUUUGUCCAAAGAAAGAAAAGGAAUGAGAUGGAUGUGAUUAGUUUAGAAAUUUGUGAAACGCAUUCUUUUUUGAGAGUUUGGAUCAUAUUCAUGAUUUUUCCACUGAUUAA